AUGAUUCGAAAUCGGAAAAGUCUUUUUAGUUUUCCAAGUGUUUUUGUAAUCCUUUAUGUGAUUGUGGCCACUGUCGGCAUUGACCCGACAACAGCCCAUCAAAAUGUAUUCCACCUCGAAACACCUCGCACUAGAAUUUUUGCAAAUAUACCAUUCCUUCGGAAUAUUUUACGUGCCGUACGGCCAAAUGCCCACGUUGGCAGGAAAUCGGAUUAUCGCAGUGAUUACGAUGAAAACUAUAUAAAUUAUCAUGGCGCCCAAUUGUGGAAAUUAACAUUCGAUAAGACGAUCAGUGAGAACAAGACAAGGACGGUGCAGGAAAUGAAAUCGUUUGUGGAGAAAUUUGCCUUAGAGCCUUUGGUUAUGAGGACUACGGGAGCCAUUGAGUUGUCGGUGGAAAAGAAAAGAGAACACAAACGAAAAUCAUCGCAGAUAAAUAUUUUUCUAAUGACGUCGAUUACCAUGACGUCGACGACAUCGUUGAAAUGUGUUUUAAUAGUUUUCACCGCCUUUUUGCCCCUGACAUGGCCCUAUCGCUACUUUACGCUGCACCGUUCCGAUCCAAGUGAUUUGUUUUUCCUGGUACGACAUCCCACGGAUAUGAACUCGAUUUUCUUCAGCGGUGAAGAUUUGUACGAUAAUACCGUGGAAAGUCUCCAGUGGUUGGUGGGACCGACAGACAUUCGUCGCUAUAAUAUUUUCUCACCCUCGUCAACGUAUCAAAUUAAUUUACGCUAUCGCAAUGAUCCAUCGGUUGUACGCUAUUACGGUUAUCAGUUGUGGAAAGUGCAUGAAACUAAUAUGAAACAUCCGGAAUUGAAUAAAUUUUGGCAAAUGUUUGGCAACGAAGUAUGGAACAUCAAUCAGGAUGGUGUCGAUAUAUUGAUUGAUUACAAGAAUACGGCCAAAGCCAAGGAGUACAUGACUACAAGUGCUUUCACCUACAACAUAAUGAUUGACGAUCUGGAGACGGCCAUAGAUGAGACUUAUGUGGAGGUUAAUAAUACCAAUCCGGAAAUGCCAUGGCUGGAAUUGGAGGGCAGCACAAUGACAUGGAAUCGUUAUCACGACAUGAUGGAAAUCAAACAAUUUAUGCAAUAUAUAUUGGAAACAUAUCCGGAACAGGCGGAGAUCGUACAAAUUGGAGUUACCAAUAAUAAACGUCCCUUGGAAGUGUUGAGAUUUUCGAAUAAUAAUCCCGAAAAUUGGGCCGUAUUCAUUGAUGCCGGUAUGCAGGGACGUGAUUGGUUGAGUCCCGCAGCCGUAACCUUGGCCAUCUCAAAAUUGGCACAUCAAUGGAAAGUGGGUCCUUCGUAUAUGCGACACAUUGAUUGGUAUUUCUUGCCAGUGGCCAAUCCCGAUGGUUAUCAACAUUCUAGGAUCACUGAUCGUCUAUGGACUAAAAAUCGUCAUUUUGAUAGUAAAUCGGGAUGCUUUGGUGUGAAUUUAGAUCGCAAUUAUGAAUAUAAAUGGGGUGGACCAGGUUCAUCGGAUAAUCCUUGCAAAAAUCUCUAUCGGGGUCCCAAGAAAUUCUCUGAACCGGAAACACGUGCCGUACGCAAUUUUAUGCUGAAUAUGAAAGAUUUCCUGGGGGCAUAUGUGUCGUUUAAUGGUUAUGGCCAGGAUAUAACCUAUCCCUGGGGUGAUGCUGAUUUUGUGACCGAUAAUCAGAAACAACUGCACAACGUUGGCCGUAAGGCCAUGAUGAAUUUCCGUAAAUUGAAUGAAGCCGAAUAUCGUGUGGGUUCCAGUUAUCGUUUGAAAUUGGCCAGGGCUGGUAACUCAGCCGAUUGGGUCCAACAUCGCAUCAAUCCCCACUUUGUCUACAAUGUCUUCUUGAAGGAUCAGGGCCGCUAUGGUUUCCUAAUGCCACCCUAUUAUAUCGUGGAGUCUGGCGAAGAGGCAUACGAAUUUAUGCGAACAGUGGCCUUGGCUCUGUAUAGAUUAAAUUAAAAUA